GCGCUCCGGAGCCCGGGCUUCGCCGCCGCCGCCGCCGCGCCCGGGGCGCCUUCCCCGGAGCCGGGCGGCGAGAGGCAAAGUCCGAAAGCUGGACCCCGAAGCCCGUGGGGAUGCUGCAGCCGCGCGGCCGCUGACUGCCGCCCGGUGCCCGGCGCUCGUGCAGGAGGGAGCCGCGGCCUUCGCCUUCCUCGUGUGUCCGGCCGUCCCGACAACAGCUCUGCGAGGAUGAAGGUCCACCGUGUCGUCCUUCUUGCUCUCUGCCUCCACACGCCUCACCUGCUCGUCAGCACCUCUGAGCACUGUGAAGACUGGGGGGUCGGCACCACGAAGCACAAGCUGGUGUACAGUGGCGAACCGGCCAAAAUCAAAUGCCCCAUCCUCGAGACUUCCCUGAAGUACAACCAGAGUGCUGCCCACGCGGCCCGCCUGACCCUCAUCUGGUACUGGAUCGGCCACGGCCAAGACCUGGAGGAACCCAUCAACUUCCGGCACCCCGACAACCGCAUCAGCAAAGAGAAGGACAUGCUGUGGUUCCGGCCCGCGCUGAUCAACGACACGGGGAAUUACACCUGCAUGCUAAGAAAUACCACCUACUGCAGCAAAUUUGCCGUCCCCUUGGAGGUUGUGAGCAAAGACCCCGGCUCCUGCAUCAGCCAAGCGGUCAAGCCGGAAGACGUGCUCAUGUAUUCGGGCGGGGUCAAGCAGAACCUCACCUGCCCAGAUGUGGAAAGCUUUUAUCCCGCCGGCCUCCAGCCAGCAGUCCGCUGGUUCAUGAACUGCGACCUCAUGAAAUAUCAGUAUUUUGACCGAGUCCCCAAUGGCCUCAACCUCACCUUCGGCAUUGUCAGCGAGACAUACGACGGCGACUACACGUGCAUGGCCAGUUACCAGGAGAACGGCCGGGCGUUUGCUCUGACUCGGACUCUGAGAGUCAAGGUGGUAGGGUCACCAAAAAACGCUAAGCCCCCCGUGAUCAUCUCCCCUACUGAGCGGAUCAUCUACGAACUCAAACCAGGAGAAGAACUCUUUCUCCAUUGCGAGGUCACUUUUACAUUCCUGAAGGACUCGCCCCAGGACGUCUGGUGGGUGGUUGAUGGAGGACCCCCGCAAGAGGUCCCCGACUUCAUUUUCAACACAUCCUGCAUGGAAACCCCCUUACCGAUCGGAGGCACAGCCAUCCAAAGGACUCUGAUCGUGCCCCGCCUGACAAAGGCGGAUUUGAAACGCAAUUACUCUUGCUUUGCCAGUAACAACAAAGGCACCGUUCAUGCCCAGGCGAUCGUGAGGAUGAAACCCCCAGUUAUGAGGUACACCGUGGAGCUCGCCUGUGGCUUGGGAGCCACCGUGCUGCUUGUGGUCAUUCUGACGGUCAUUUACCACGUCUACUGGCUGGAACUGGUCCUCUUCUACCGUGCUCACUUUGGGACCGAUGAAACCAUCCUUGACGGGAAGGAAUACGACGUUUAUGUCUCCUACGCGAGGAACACGGAGGAAGAGGACUUCGUGCUGCUGACCCUCCGGGGCGUGCUGGAGAGCGAAUACGGCUACAAGCUGUGCAUUUUUGACCGAGACAGUCUCCCCGGGGGAAUUGUCACGGAUGAGACUCUGAGCUUCAUCCAGAGAAGUCGCUGCCUCUUGGUUGUGCUGAGCCCAAACUAUGUCCUCCGGGGCACCCAGGCUCUGCUGGAGUUUAAGGCUGGCCUGGAGAACAUGGCUUCCAAGGGCACCAUCAAGGUGAUCCUGGUCCAGUACCAGCCCGUCAAGAAAAGCAAGGUGAAGGAGCUCCGGCGGGCCAAGACGGUGCUCACCGUCAUUAAGUGGAAGGGCGAGAAGUCGCGUUACCCAUGGGGAAGGUUUUGGAAGGAGCUGUUGGUUGAGUUGCCUGUGAAGAGCAAGCCCAAGAGCCUUGUGGGUCAACAAGAUCUCAUCAUCCUUUCUCCAGAAAGCACCUAAGAAGGGGAAGACCAGGAAACCAAAGCCGGGCUGGGGAGGAAAGCUGUGGGCGUGGUCUGUAGCCUCUGGGAACAAGUUCCAUCUCUGGCAUGGCCAGAGAUGCCCACCUUGAACUCGGCCUGCUUUUCAAGGCACUUGAUGCAUAGGGGUCCACCCUGUCUCAUGCAAAUGGCACAACCUCAUUUGCAUCAGACUGGGGCAAGUUGCAUAAUUUGUGUCAUUUGUGCAAUGAUGGCAUGAUGCCCAUAGUUUCAUUUGCCCCGUCCCCUGUGGACAGCCACACUUGCUCUGUGUGGUUGCCCCCAUGUUCUUUGUCCAGAGACAAGAGAACAGAGGUCCUCCUGGAGCAUUUUCAUCUCAGUCAAAAUUGGUCAGUGGAGAAUUGACACCAGCCUUCCUCCACCUGGUGUCUUCCAGGUGUGUUGCAUUUCAGUUCCCACAAUCCUCUGCCACUGUGGACUUUGAAAUCCACACAUCUCAGGGCUCCAGGCUGGGGAAGACCACCUCUUCCUUGCAAUUGGGCCUUCCUGGCCAAGAGAUUCAUCCUGGCUUUUUGUGCUCAUUGUGGACCGAGAAGGCCUUCUGUGCUGAACGCACGAAAGUGGGAGGUGGCCUCUCCGCUGUCUGCACCAGCCUGCUAAGGAAAGAGAGACUUGGGGGCUUCUGCCCCCAUUAUGCCAGAUUUCAUGCAGGCAACACACUACAAUGAGAAUCUUUUUGCUGGGGGGACUUGACAGCGGUGGAUUUUGGAAGAUUCUCAAGGAAGAAGCAUCCAGCUGUAAGUCACACAGUGGGAAUUCAGCAUUUCUUGAGCUGCUAGGAUGAAGCAUUCCGCAUUUUCAUCUUUUUAUCAAGAUGGAGACAUCAAGUUAAGGGCAUUGCACCAUUUGUGGGCGUGCAACGGUGCACAAAAUGGAUCAGUUUUGAGCCAUUUUAAAUUUCAACAUGCUUUCUUUAAUGCUUGAGAUAUUUUUGAGGGCAGAGCAAGUGUUCGCUUCCUUUGGACAUUGUAGCAGCUACUUUGCACUCUUCCAAAGUGGCCAGAGCAGCCUGCUUUGAAUGGACAGUAGCCUUUUACAUUGGAAACCACUGUUUCCAGCUGUUUGACUUUGAAGUGACUAAAUCGGCAGGGUCCCAUUCCUUGCGCCCGUUUCUCAGGGGUCGGUCAGCAUAGGAAGUGGCUGUCACGCCCACAAGCUUGGUCCACGACCUUCUCCAUGGUUGCACCCAAGCUUUAUCAGACCUUCAGAGGUUCCACUCAGGGAGUAGUCGGUGAAGAUUUAUUGUUAGCGUAGGAGAGAGGCAAGGGGUAACGCCAGCUGCAGAACUGCUGGCUGGGGAACUCUGGGAGUUGAGGUCCACCCAUCUUAAAGUUGCACAGGUUGAGAAACACUGGUCUAGACUAAGUUCAAGGGUAUUUACAGUAUCCGGAAGGCAGAACAGGCACUCCCAUGUUUACACCCAGCUUUUAGUUGUGACCCUGGAAACUGUUGUUGUCCUCCUGAGUGAAAUUUGCCCUUUCCCUUUGGACGUAGCAUCUUCUUCCAGCCUUAUCCUCCUGCCUCCUUGCUGAUUCUCUUUUUUAAUUGUUGCCCUGCCACACUAAGGCUGGUUGGCCUCGAGCGCUGUGAAGCUUCCCAAUCAACGGGAAGAGGCGCUUUGGAGCGACGGACGUGGAAACGUCCACGCGGCUGCAUCCAGACUGUCCAGCUGUCCAAAAGGCCCCUUCUUCCCAGUCCCACCCAGAGCACGACUCAGCAGGGCCUCCUGCACAGAUCGACUGCCUUUGAAUGACAGGCCGCAUUUGUACAACUUAGCCACAGUAUCCUGGCUACUAAAUUCACCCAUUUUCUGGGUGAUCUGCUGCUAAAUUAGGCCGUGCAAGCAGAAGCUGACCAAGUGGCUUGGCUCUGAUUAAGACCCAAAGUCUCCAUAAAAACAAACGGAGCCAAGGACUGUAUGCUGUGCAAAUUGCCGUGCUGGGAUUGCAUCGGACCUGGUGGUGAGGGGUGUCGGCAGGGUGUGGUCAAAAAGGUCAAAAUCCAUCCACAACCAUAUGACAAAGCUGCACCUGUUUUUACGUGCGUUGUGUAUAAUAAAAUGCGGGUGUGCAUUGCACAUAAGAAACAGGUGGCGCUUCCAUUGCACCCUUGCAGUUGCCACCUUGACCUGGUUGGCCAUUCCCUUCAAACACCACUGCCUGACAAAAUGCGUUGUGAACACAGCCAUUCUUGGCUUGCGUGUGCGUUGAGUGACUCGCAGGCAAAGCUGCUCUGAAAAAGGAACAGUCACACACAGACAUGCACACUGUCCAGCAGCUCUUGGGCCCCCCUUGUUAAUCCUAACCUUAAUGGUGCCUCAGGGAAAAUAACUACACAGCAUGCAGGCAACAGGGGAGGUGCAGAGAGAGAGGGAUCACAGAUCUGAUCAAAGCUGCUACUCCUCGACUUACGACCACAAUUGGGAUGAACUUUCGUUGCUAAGCAAGGUGGUUAAGUGAGUCAUGCCCGAUUUUACUACCUUUUUGCCACAGUGGUCAUUAAGCGAAUCACCGUGGUCAUUAAGCAAAUCCAGCUUCCCCCAUUGACUUGGCUUGUCAGAAGCCCCCUGGGCAGGUUGCAAAUGGCAAUCACGUGACCCUGCGACUGUCGUAAGUGGGAGUCGGUUGCCAGGCACCUAAAUUUUGAUCAUGUGACCACAGGGAUGCUGUGACUGUCAUGAGUGCGAGGACCAGUUGUAAGUCACUUUCUGGCAGCACUGUAACUUUGAACGGUCGCUAAACAAAUGGUCAUAAGUCGAGGACUACCUGUAAAGCAAUAACAGGGAUUUAAAUCUGGAGAGAAUAAAUCUCACCCAGAAUCCACUGCUUGGGAGACUUUUGCCUGGGAGCCCACAUUGCCCCCUCGGGAUACGCAGCUUGCAGGUUCCUGGCCACAAAUCUGGAGUGCCCAGCUCUGCCCGCUGUGAGGAAGGUCUCCAUGCCAAGAUUCCCACUGCACGGAGGCGGGGCAGGCAGGGGCCAAUCCGAGGUACGUUCAGGCAAUCUCUUUGGGGUCGAGCAAAGUGUGAGCCAAGCUUUUGGAGAUGGGGGCCAAGAAGCUUCUCGGGGGUUGCUCGUUCACGUUUCCCAUGCUCCUCCCGUCCCAUCCCCACCACCACCUUCAUGUAUUUCCUGGCGCCGUCUGCUUUGGAGGGUGAUGUCGUCUUUCUUUGAUUCUUUUUGGUUUGUAUUUUAAUAAAACACUUAUUUUGAUAUGUU